AUGAUUGCAAGACAGUUUUCUCAGCUUCUCAAAAGAAAAUCACACACGCUCUCGAUAUCAAAUGAAUUGCAGCAUGCAUUAGCUGGGAAGACCCCUGUUGUGGCACUUGAAUCUACGAUAAUCACACAUGGUUUACCAUUUCCUCAGAACGUAGAAAUGGCUUUACAGGUGGAGAAGGUUAUCAGGGAUGCUGGUGCCGUCCCAGCAACAAUUGCCUUUAUUAAUGGAAAGCCAAAGGUAGGUCUCACGAUCAAUGAGAUAGAACAACUAGCCGACUACGCAACAAGAGGCGAUGUGAAUAAGGUUUCUAGAAGAGACAUUGCAUAUACAAUAGGAAAUAAUUUGCAGGGAGGGACAACCAUAUCCGGGACAAUGAUACUGGCUCAUUUAGCGGGUAUUAAGGUCUUUGCAACUGGGGGGCUUGGUGGUGUUCACAGAGGUGCCGAAGUGACAAUGGACGUGAGCGCUGAUCUCGAGGAGUUAGGAAGGACUCCAGUUGCUGUAGUCUGUGCCGGGCCCAAGGCAAUCUUGGAUAUUGAGAAAACGAUGGAAUAUUUAGAAACAAAAGGUUGUAUGGUUGCGACAAUGGGAUCUAGAGGAGUCAACGUUCCUGGGUUUUACACACGCGAUUCUGGAGUCAAGUCUCCCUAUAAUUUCAAUGAUGCUAAAGAUGCAGCCAAGAUAAUUCAUGCAGGCAACAAAUUAGGACUUAACUCAGGUUACCUGUUUUGCAUACCACCUCCCGAAAGUAUUGCCCUUGAUGAUGCUUACGUUGAGCGCAUCAUCCUCAAAGCCUCACAAAAGGCAAAUGAACUGGGAAUCAAGGGCAAAGAAUUGACUCCAUAUCUACUAAGUGAAAUUGCGAAGAUAACAGCAGGUAUUUCUGUCAAAACCAAUGUUGAAUUUGUUUUGAAUAACGCUAAAGUUGGUGCCGAUAUUGCUAAGGAGCUAAACGGAUUGAACCAAACCGCUGCUGGGCAGCGGCUAACCGCAGGAAAUCAUCAACCAUCUCAAAUUUUUGAAACAGGAAGAGAAAAGGUAAAAAAUUAUAUUGCUGUUGUGGGCUCCGUCGCAAUGGAUACACAUUGUAUCAUGACCGGUGCCACUAGGAUGGCGGAUUCUAACCCCGGCAUCAUCAGAUCCGCCAUUGGUGGAGUUGGUCACAAUGUCGCAUUGGCGGCACAUCGAUCUAAUAGAGAUUCUAGUGUGGAUACAAGACUCAUCACAUCUGUCGGAGAUGACGUUUCAGGUUCGGCAAUUUUAGGCCUGACAGAGUUGCAAACAGAUGGCUUUUUCAUUGAUAAGAAACAUACUACAGCUCAGUAUACCUCUAUGCACUCAAGCGAUGGUAAUUUGAUAGUUGCAUGCGCAGAUAUGGAUUUACCAACUAAAAUUCCACUAGAUCAUAUCACGGCCGAGCUCGCAAAAUUGAAACCACAAGUGGUUCUCACUGACGCGAAUGUUUCAGCUGAGGUAUUGGAAAUUUUAGUAAAACUGCAGAGAGAACAAGAUUUCAAACUUGUGUUCGAGCCAACAUCAAUGGCUAAAGCUGGAAAGAUUAGCAAAAUUCGGGCAUUGAAGCCCUUUCCUAACCAAAGUUUUUUUCUAGCUACUCCUACAGUUGCAGAAUUGGAAACUAUGUUCAAAUCAUUUGACUACGAAGGGAAAUUCGACGUAGACAACUGGUUUCCCAUUAUUGAUUCUUUACAAGUAGACUCAUCUCUCAAAAAAUUAUCAAAAGAAACCAAAUCUCCUUUCUUCAAUAGCAUACUCAAGAAAGGAAUUUUUCAGAUGGGCUGUUACUUGAUACCAUACAUUCCGCGAUUGGUGAUAAAGGAUGGUGCAAAUGGUUUGUAUGUAUUCACUUUGAUUGAUGAUGUGAGCAAGCUUGAAUUUCGUAAUGAUGCCUCCAAUUUCUCCAUUUUAACGAAGGGAAGUACUCUCAAUGGAUCUCAAGUGGGAAUUUUAUUCGAGCAUUUUGAAAUUCCAGAGAAAAAUGUUUCUGUAAUUAAUGUGACUGGUGCAGGUGAUACCUUGGUAGGUGUAUUAUUGAAUGAAUUGUGUGUCCAUGGUGAUAUAUUUAUUGGUGACGGUGACGCCAAAUAUAGAAGUUUAAAGAGGGCUCAAUUGGGCGCUAAGUUAACAGUGGAAGAUGAGUCAAAUGUAAGUAAGCAGUUAGGACACUUAGCAUGA